ACUGUGCAGCGGUGGAGGGUCGAGCGGAGCGGUACGCGUAGAUAAGCCGCUGUGUUUAUUGGAUUUCUUUUUUAUUUUUGGUCCUUGCUUUUAUUUUUCGUGUUGCUUCUCCAAGGUGUAUUGCAGAUUCUCAUCCUGGAGAGUCCUUUCCCAUCUUCCUCCCUCCCUCUCGUUUGAAAUAGGCGGUGCCUUGUUCUAAGCUCUCAGUUCCUUUUUGAUGGUUGUUCUGAAAAUUUAAAUGCAGUUUACAAAGAGACUGACAUCAUCCGGAGGGCUGUCUUAGAACUAAAAGCAUAAAAAAAGAGGAGGAAGAAUCAGUUCUUAAAAAUUGCAUUUUAUUUUAUUCUUACUAACUCUUUAAUUGCUGCGGACGGAGGGGUUGGAUCACUGAAACUAGAACCUGACCUUUUCUCAACCUUAUAUGUAUAGCUUUUAUCUGUUGGAAAUCUAGGCGGUGUGGAUACUGAACCCAAGCAGGUUGAUCUUUAAGCUAACAGCUUCCUUCUCUUUGCUGCGGCUGUGCUAGCCUUGGGUAUGGGAGUUGUAAGGCACAGAAAACAUUUUACAGAAAUGAAUGGAUUUACAGAUUUUUGUGAUCUUGUCCUCCCUGAAGAAUUGUAGGAUUUUUUUAAAAUACACAAUUAAAUUCCAAAAUGUUGCAGUGAAUAUUAAACUUACAGAUUAUUUAAAAUAUAUUCUUUGAAAAGAACAGUUUGUGUCUCUUGUCUCCCUCCAAAGGGGAAGUAGAAUAUAAAUAUGGCAAAAAAUUCUGUGGAGGGGUCAAAGGAAGACCUGAGCAAAAUGACAGAAGAAGAUCUGUUGAGAUGGAGCAAAGAAGAAUUGGUGAAAAGGUUGAAGAAAGUAGAGAAUGAAAAAAUGAACUUGAUGGUGGAGCAUAGCAACUUGAUGAAAGAUGUGAACCGAAGACUGCAGGUUCACCUGCAUGAGAUCAGGGGUUUAAAAGAAGUUAAUCAGAAGCUGCAGGAUGAUAACCAUGAACUGAGGGAGCUCUGCUGUUUCCUGGAUGAUGACAGGCAAAAGGGGAAAAAGCUGUCCAGAGAAUGGCAGAGGUUUGGGAGACACACUGCAGGUGUAAUGUGGAAGGAAGUUGGAAUGUACCAGCAGAAGCUGAAAGAGCUGGAGGCUAAGCAAGAAUCCCUCAUGAGAGAGAAUGUUGAGCUGAAGGAGAUCGUGCUGAUGCUGGAUGAAGAGAGGAAUGGGGCAGGCUCCCGAAGUUCCAUAGAUAGCCAAGCUAGUCUCACCAACCUCAAUGGGGGUUCUGGAACCAGGGAUGUUGGAGAUGGGAGUAGUACAUCUAGCACUGGCAGUGCAGGAAGUCCAGAUCACCACCACCAUCUCCUUCACCAUCACAAAGUUGUGGAAAACAAAGCUGGAGCUAUCCGGAGAUCUAUGGAUGACCUUUCUGCUCCUCUUCACCACAGGAGCAUCCCCAAUGGUCUCAAUGAUUCAUCUUCCAACUACAUCAGACAACUUGAAACAAAAGUCAAACUGCUAGAGGAUGAUAACAAACUUCUGUCUCAG